AUGGCUUGUAAGCUAAAGAUAUGGUUUAUGGUAUUAUUAUGUAUAACGUUAAUGGCGGCCAAUUUGGGACCACUGGCUAGUGCCGAACCACAAGUCCCUUGUUAUUUCGUAUUUGGUGACUCACUAUGUGAUAAUGGCAACAACAAUGGCCUUAAAACUAUUGCCAAAGCCAAUUACCCUCCUUAUGGGAUUGAUUUUCAUGAUGGCGUUACCGGCAGAUUCAGCAAUGGUCGAAAUUUGCCGGACAUCAUUGCUGAACGUCUAGGGUUUGACCAUCACAUUCCACCCUUUGCAACUGCGAAAGGCCGGGAUAUACUCACCGGCGUGAAUUAUGCAUCGGGAGGAGCUGGAAUUCGUGAUGAGACCGGACAAGCACUGGGACAAGUGAUCAGCUUGGGUAGGCAAUUACAAAAUCACCAAGUGACAAUUUCGCGGUUUGCUACUUUACUAGGAAAUAAAGAAUCAGCUAAUGAGUUGGUGAAGAAGUGCAUGUACAGUGUUGGAAUUGGUAGUAACGAUUACAUUAACAACUACUUACAGCCACAGAACUACCCAACUAGCAAAACAUACACUCCAGACCAGUAUGCACUAACCCUUGUUCAACAAUAUCGUCAACACAUAACGACUUUGUACAACAAUGGAGCUAGAAAGGUAGCACUGUUUGGACUUGGUGCAAUAGGUUGCAGCCCAGCGGAGAUAGCUCUGCAUCAACCAAGUAAAUCUCCAUGCUACGAUAAGAUCAACAAUGACGUCCAACUUUUCAACAAAAGGCUUACAAUUCUAGUUGAUGAACUCAAUAAACAACACUCUGAUGCAAAAUUUAUCUACAUAAACUCCACCGGAAUUUCCAUAGUUCAGCCUUCAUCUCGUUCUAAUUAUGCACCACUUAAAAGCACUCCUUGCUGCAAAGUAUCAAGUAAUGGACAAUGUGUCCCGAAUAGUGUUCCAUGCAAUGACAGGACCAAGCAGGCAUUCUUUGAUGCAUUCCAUCCUACUGAGAUUGGAUAUGUUACGGUUGGUGAAAGAGCAUACAAGGCUCUGCUUCCAACUGACACAUAUCCGAUGGACAUAAGCCACCUGGCUCAGUUCAAAUGAGCGCGACAUGUACAUAUGAUAAUCUAUAUACUUAGUUUGCUGUAUAAAUGGGCAAUGUUCUUAGGUUUUCUGCAUAUAAAUGUUGUUAGGUUUUUUAAUGUUGUGUUCAUAGACACAAUCUAAUCCUUCUGCUAGCAAUUCAGUAUAGGCCAUAUAUCUGCUACAACAACAACCAAGCCUAGUUUCUAACCACUUGGGGUCGGCUACAUGAAUCCUAUGUUUUCACAUGCUGUCAUAUCCUUCCUAUGGAUAUACUAGACUAAGCCAUAUAUCUACCAGAGUCAGAUAAUUUCUUAGUUUCCUCAGUUAUAGGAGGAUUUGGAGCUCUGGUUUAUGUUCUGCAUUUGCUGUCUUUUGGUUUGCUUUUGCUGUCUACAUAGAUACUGCUUAGAUAGAAAACCUAAGAGGUUUUACUCAUGUAAUUUUGCAGAUUCUGCAACAAUACAAUGAGAAAAG